UCCAGAUGCUCAGCGCCCAAUCGCGGCGCGUAAACUGAAUUUCGUUGUUGUCAGCAACUGCCAGCUAGUUGUAAGCUAGCGUUAGCCGGCCAGCUAACACUGCAAUAUCGUUUGUGUCAUUCAGCACAAUAGCGAUUUUAACUGUUUCAUCGUCUGUUUGUCUCCCAACUCAGCAAAGAUGACUUCUGCAGAGUCUGAUCCAGCUCUAGAGAGACAUUUCAAGGGUCACAGGGACACCGUGACAAGUGUGGACUUCAGCAGCAACAUGAAACAAAUUGCCACAGGUUCUAUGGACUCCUGUGUGAUGAUCUGGAACAUGAAACCUCAGAUGCGAGCGUAUCGUUUUGAUGGACACAAAGAUGCUGUCACUUCAGUUCAGUUUUCUCCUUCUGGCCACCUGGUGGCCUCUGCAUCCAGAGACAAGACUGUACGUCUUUGGGUGCCCAGCAUGAAGGCUGAGUCAACAGCUUUCAGGGCUCACACAGCCUCUGUGCGCAGCGUUAACUUUUCUGGUGAUGGACAAACUCUGGUCACAGCCUCGGAUGACAAGACCAUCAAAGUGUGGACAAUUCACAGGCAAAAAUUUCUCUUCUCUCUCAACCAGCACAUCAACUGGGUCCGCUGUGCCAAAUUUUCUCCAGAUGAUCGUUUGAUUGUGUCAUCCAGUGAUGAUAAGACUAUAAAACUGUGGGACAAGAAUAGCAGAGAGUGUAUUCAUUCUUUCUAUGAACAUGCUGGUUAUGCAAACCAUGUGGAUUUUCAUCCCAGUGGAACAUGCAUCGCUGCAGCCAGUACCGACAACUGUGUGAAGGUGUGGGACAUCAGAUCCCAUAAGAUGCUGCAGCACUACCAAGUCCACAGUGGUGUCGUGAAUAGCUUGUCUUUCCACCCGGCUGGUAAUUUCCUCAUCACUGCCUCCAGCGAUUCCACGAUGAAGAUACUGGACCUUGUAGAGGGCAAGCUACUGUAUACACUGCACGGUCACCAGGGUCCAGUGACCUGUGUGGCCUUCUCAGGAACAGGAGAAUACUUUGCCUCUGGAGGUUCUGAUGAACAGGUAAUGGUCUGGAAGAGCAACUUUGAUUCUUCUGAAUGCAGUGAUGGUGUCAGGCUGCAACAUAAAACUACUCCCAGCUUGCAAAAUUUACAGGCACCACCAACCAGUUCCAUGGCACAUCCCCCUUUUAACACUCACCCAUCUGUGUGCCGCAGCCAGGCCUCUGAACCAUCAGAACAUUUUAAUGGACAGGACUCCCACACUGCAGCCCACACUCAGAAUGGCAGUCGCAGUGGCAUCCGCAGCAGAGCGACUCAUUCCCACACCUACAGAAACCCCAGCACCAGCUCCUCCUCCACUCAUCAAACACAGACCCAAGGCCUACCACAGGUCCAAGCACAGUCCUCAGAUGGAGGCGUCCCCCCUGGUCUAGCCAGCACCCUGGAACACAUAAUAGGUCAACUGGAUAUUCUCACUCAGACGGUUUCGAUCUUGGAGCAGCGGCUGACGCUGACGGAGGACAAGCUCAAAGAGUGUUUGGAGAACCAGAUGGAGAUUGGACUACAUCUCCAGAGACGAGAGGAGGCCUAAAGAUGGCGGCAUCAGAGAGAGGUUGAGCUGAGGUGUGAGGAAAAUGGGGUCACAUCGACGGCAGAAACACGUAUACACACAGUGCUUUCUCUCUCAUUGUUGUUAGAUCUCACUUAAAAUGUGCGAUCUCACACACAGUGACACAUUCGCACAGUAAGCAACGAGUGUACAAGGACCGUUCUUCCAACUUGGCUUUAAAUGCACACUGAGCCUCACUGCUGAUGUACUGUGUCUGGUUGUUUUACAAAGAGAUAAGUGAAGGAGUUGAAUAUUAGAAAAGUUGUUCGUCUGCAACAGUGCUGAGAACGCAGUCCCUUUUCUGCUGACGAAGGACCCGCAGCUAGUCACUGUUUGUGAGUGUGUGUGUGUGUGUGUGCGUGCGUGCGUGCAUUGCAGAAGUGUAGACACAUGCAGGAGACUUUUGUGCUUUCCUAUGCACUGCACGUUUAUACUCUAGUCGUGUGUGCAGGCUUGUGCAAAAUGGCGUUAGUAAAAUGCUCUUUUUCAUUGAAAUACAACCAAAAUGUACAAAAGGCACGGUGACUGUUUUAAUUCCACUCAGGCCAGGACAAGAAUUGAGUUAUUUUUAAACUGAAGAAAGAGAAAAGUCAUUAAAACAGGAACCUUUUGUUGUCAACCUGAAUUUCUAACUCUAGUCAGGUUGUCCACAUAAGUCACUUUUGAUCACCUGCCAUCAUUAGAAGUAAAAUUUGGUUUAAAUGAGUUUUAAAUCAACAGUUACUGCAGAACAAGUACAGUGCCUUUGUUGCUUCUUAUGUGAAGAAACUCAGACGGAUACAUUUUAAACUGCUGGUGCUGUUUUUAAUGAAGAAGUAUGGUGUUAUUAUUUGUUUUUCUGAUUAUCAACAAAUCCUGUGAAAGAACCAAAAACCACCAAUGACCUGAUUGAUUGAUCAUAAUAUUGUCUGUUUAACUUAAGUCUGAUAUCCGUCUGUGCCAUUGACUUCAGUUGUUUUUCAAAUAAUAUUAAAAAAUGUUCCUUCAUUACGUCAUCCACACAUACACUGUCUCGCUCCUGUAAAUAGAGAUGGAGAGAUUUCCUAUGCUGGAUUGGUAUUUGCACCAGUUCUAACCUUAUGAAGCAGACUUCAUAUUGGCCAUUGCAUAACUGAUUCAGAAUAAAUACAGUUUCUUUGUCAGUAUCGUGAUAAAAAUAGUGUGUUUCCAUUGUCAGUUAUUUUCAUUCAGUCAGCGCAAACUUCCAACUCAAGUUGUUACUCCCCCUGUAAUCCUUGGCCUCGUGCUUCCUUACAUGGAAAUGAUUUCAGUGAGUUCCACGCAGUGUCAUAUACGGAUUUUACAUUUUAGAAAAGGGAGCACUGCUAUAGAUGUGUACUCUGUGCCAGCAGCAGAGAAGUUAAAUUGGUACAUUCUUAAAUACUCACUUGUGCUGUGAGUAUUCAUUCUGAAAGCAGUCAUCAACAAAGGCACUAUUUUCUUCUGUUUAAAUAAUGUUUUCCUAAAAACCACAUUCUCUAAUUAUUUGAGGAACUUAUUUUUCCUUUUAAAAGAAGUGUUUCCACAGAGAUUACAGUUGGAACAAAUGAGCUUACAGCUGAGAGCCACAGACAGGGUAGGAAAGACAUGAAGUACUGAGAAUGGACUGAUACGUUGCUGGUUUUGGUCUUCUGAUUGGUUUGUUGACAAUGAAAACAAUGUAAAAUAACAACAUUCUUGUACUUUAAGUUAGUAUGAUGGUGCUGCAUUAGAGUUUAAGUUGGGUUUUCUCCUCUGUGAGUGCAGAACUACUGAUUGUAGUAGUAGUAGUUACUGAAGUUUGAAAGCAUCUUGUCCCAUUUCGUUAUAUUCUGUGUCUGAAUCUUUUAUAAACUAAACAUAACUUAUUUUGAACCUUCUUAAUAAAUGUUUUUCACUCUUACACUAUCACUGUCUUGACUAAACAACGCUGAGCUUUGUUUGCUUAUUGAGUGAACGAGUGUUUGUUUUCAUAAUCGUUGCCAAAUCCAUGAUGUCACCGGUUACUUUAAAGAGACUGUUUCCUGCUCUGAUUGGUCCACAGAGGCCGAGCAGGUUCCUGAAAAAUCCUGACUUUUCUGUCUUUAUUGUCCUCAGCAGAUGUUAAUGUCAGCUGUGUCAUCUAUUGCUUUAUUUUCCAUCUUUUGAGUCACAAAUUAUCACAAAAACAUGAGGGGGUGAGAGUUAAAUACGCCUGCCCUGCUUGUGUCCAAAAUCCUUAUGUUUCACCCCGAAGUCAUUUACGUAACCUGACCACUGAUGCUGGAUCAGUACUUUUUAUUUUUAGAAGCUUCAGUGAAAAUGAGGCUACGGUUAGACGCAUGCUGUUUUCUCGAGGAAGGGAUCCAUUUUAGCCUGAAAAGAGCUAU